UUCUAACACUGGAGAAUUGCGAUUGGAGUUGAUCAGCAUAAAAUUAUUAUUGUUGUCAAAGAAAUAGGAAAGAAAAUCCAGAAGUUGACGUCCUCCCUUACGUGUAGAAACCACAGGUCUCCUGCAUAAACUUAAAGAACACUGUCCACGUUCACGCUUCAUCACUCAGCAGCAGCCAUCUUACUGCCCACUGCCCACUGAGCAAUACAAAUACAUAUAUAUAUAUAUAUAUAUACACAGAGAGAGAGAGAGAGAGAGAGAGAUGGGUUGGGGUGGGAUAUUGGGUUUUGAGUAUGGAAUUGUUCAAGCACCAUUGGGACCUGAUAUUUCUGGACCCGAGCUUGUUGCUGCUGUUGCUAAUGCUGGGGGACUUGGUUUCCUCAGAGCCCCUGAUUGGGAGUCACCACAUUACCUGCGGGAGCUCAUAAGGAAGACUCGAAGCAUAACUGACAAACCGUUUGGGGUUGGUGUUGUUCUGGCAUUUCCGCAUGAGAAAAAUAUACAAGUCAUUUUGGAUGAAAAGGUAGCAGUGCUGCAGGUUUACUGGGGUGAAUGUUCAGAGGAGCUUGUGUUGAAAGCUCAUCAGUUAGGGGUUAAGGUUGUUCCUCAAGUUUAUCAGAAUUGUUCUGUUUGCUUUCCACUCUCAAAGGUUGGUAGCUUGGAGGAAGCGAAUAAAGCAAUAUAUGCUGGUGUAGAUGCAAUUAUUGUUCAAGGGCGUGAAGCAGGAGGGCAUGUGAUCAGUCAGGAUGCUUUGAUUUCAUUGUUGCCAAAGGUAGCUGAUCUUGUUGGAGAUCGAGAUAUACCUGUUAUCGCGGCCGGUGGUAUAGUGGAUGCCCGUGGAUAUGUUGCUGCUCUGGCCCUUGGUGCUCAGGGGGUCUGCCUAGGCACUAGGUUUCUUGCAACUCAGGAAAGCCGUGCUCAUCCCACAUACAAGAGGAAGCUUGUUGAAUUUGACAGAACUGAGUACACAGAUGUAUUCGGGCGUGCAAGGUGGCCUGGAGCGCCGCAUCGCGUUCUGCAUACACCGUUCUUCAAUGAUUGGAAAUCUCUUCCUCCUCAUCAGAAUGAAGCGGAUCAGCCUAUCAUUGGUCAUUCGACAAUACAUGAUAGGGAAAUAGAAAUUCGUCGUCUUGCCGGUACUGUUCCAAAUGUGACUGCAACUGGUGACAUUGAAAGCAUGGUGAUGUACGCUGGCCAAAGUGUAGGCCUCAUCAAGGAAAUUUUACCUGCAGGGGAGGCGGUAAAGAGGCUAGUUGAAGAGGCUCAACUUCUGAUAAAGCACAAGUUCAAUGAUAUAUUGUUGUAACUCACAGCUGAGCCAGAUGACUUCCACACUGUAGAAUUAAUAGAGUUCGUCUGCUGUGGUCAACUAAGUUUGUUGAUGGAUGACUUUCUCUUGCCUGUACUUUAGAUUAAAUUAAUGGUGUGUUUACUAAUCAGGAAUUGGAAUUCUCAUCAAGAAUUAAAUUCCAUCUAUGGAGGAUUCCUGUGUUUACUUCA